CUUAAACGUUCGUCAUGCUGUCUGUAACAGUCGCUUUCGCUUCAUUGUACGAAGAUUGCAGCGCGCUACGGCGUUCCUGAUAGCCGAAAACCUAAUGCUGAUAGUAUUGACAAUCCUGUUCAGGCCACCAAGCUGAAGCAAGAAUGUCGUUCAACAGUUUCUUAUGUUAUCAAGCUGUCUUCAUGUAUCGUGAGACCACCAGAUGCACGAUAUAAAACAAAGAUAUGGGGGAUUUCCGUCCAACGUGGACGGUCAAAGAGCAUGUCAUUCCAGCAUCUCAUCCAAGAGGAUACCGCCGGGGUGUGCGCGAUCCACAAACCUCGCGCUUACGGCUCCACGUCAAGCAGUAUAUCCCUGCUACACCGCGGCCUCUGGCCGACGAUGGAUAUGCCGUCACCUUGAUUGUACAACAUGGGAUGCCGCCGGGUGACAAUAAAGAAGCCUGCGAGCCUUUCAUGUGGGAUCUGCUAUGCCAGCCGAAUCUGCCGCCGGUGAGGUCAAUAUGGGCCAUGGACAUUGCCUCUGCUGGUCAAUCAUUUCUUUUGAACCGAAAAGAAAUAGGAGAUGAACCGCAUUGGUUCGACAGUUCCAGAGAUCUUCUGCAAGUGAUCAAUCACUUUCAGGCAGAGAUGCGACCUCCCCUGAUAGGCUUUGGUCAAAGCUGGGGCGGCUCCGUAAUCGCAAUGUGCGCAGCAUGGCAUCCUCGACUGUUCGAGGGAGUAAUAAUGAGCGAGCCAGUUACGGAAAAUGGUUAUUACCAUGCCCUUGAGGCUUCCCAGAAUGGAGAUCUUGCACACCCGGCAGUUCGCCAACCCAUCGGUUUCAUGGUCGGUCGACGGAAGCGACACUAUCCAAGCCGUGCUGCCCUCAAUGAAUCAGUCGGUCGGAACGAAAUGUGGAAACCAUAUGACAAGCGAGUUUUGCAGCAGAUGCUACGAUAUGACUAUCAAGAUUUGGAUGAUGGACGAGUUGAACUCAUAACACCACCGAAUCUAACUCUACACCAUUUUCAGCAACCGUCUCCGCCAUUACGUGGAUAUCCUGAGCAUGAGGACUACGCGACGAGACCUGCAGAGGCCAAUCAUCCUCCAGGCUUCUACAAGACCGUGCAGAUCAGAGUCAAAGAGGCGUUGGCAGACGUAACGUGUAAGAUUCUGUUCCUUUGGGGGAGCAAGGGCGGUUAUAUCAGCAGUGAAAGCUACCGAAAACGCUUGAUCGAUGCCGCUCAAGCCAAGGGAUCAAGACCAGGCCAGAUACAGCAGAAAUUUGUUCCUGGCGGGCAUUCUCUGAUUUUCAUUGUACCGACAGAGACCGCUGAAGCAUCGGUGGGAUGGAUCGAGCAAAUCUGGAAGGACUGGAAUGAGGAGGAGGGAAGGCGACGUCUGGAUGCGCCCAUCGACCCAGAGAACGUCCCUGGGGAGGUUAUUGAGCGGAUGCAGAAAGUGAGUCGCGUUACGAAGUUAUGAUAAGCGAAAUGCAAAGUAUUGAUGGUAAAAGGGCCCCUCGUACAGAAUAUGGGUCUGGAUCUUUCUCUUAUCUCUGUGUCUCCCCAG